UACUCAUGUGGUUGAAGUUCAAACGUGUUGAUAAUUUAAAGAAAACGUGUUGAGUUAAUUUAAUUUAAUUGUUUGGUUAAUUGUGUUUUUUGUUUCUUCCAAAAUGGAUUCUUAUGUUGAUCGAUCUGCAAUUGAUGAGGUGGUCAAAGUAUUCAAAAGAUAUGCUGAAAUUUCCAUUGAGAAAUCAUGUGCAUCAGUAGAUCAAGUUGAUGGUAAAAAGAAAAAAAAAGUUAAUUUACUUUCUGUUGGUGAAAAAGAGGAUAAAGCAAUGGCCUUAGCUGGAUUUGGAAAAAAUGAUAAAAUGUAUCUCCAGUUGAGCUUCAAAUUACCACCAGCAAAUAGGACAACUUAUAUUAACAAUUAUCGUCCUCUUCCUCAUCCAUACCUUAAUUUAAUUGAUCCAACAAUUUGUAUGAUUGUAAUUGAUCGUAACCAUGAAGGUUUACCCGAUCGGGAUUAUGAUCUUCGGAUUACCAAGGAAUAUUAUCAAAAAAGAUUAAUCGAAGCUGGUGUUUCAGAGGAUUUGAUUAAACAUAGACUCUUCAUCUUACCAAUGAGAGAAUUACUAACCGAGUAUCGGUUACCGACAAUGAAACGUCGACUUGCCUCAUCAUUUGAUGUAUUUAUGGCCGAUUCUCGGUUAGUCUCAAAUAGAUUUAAAUUGUUACCCAAAUUUUUGGGACACAAAUUUUGGAUUGAGAAGAAAAGUUUUCCAAUUGGUAUCAGUUUGAAAUACAAAGGAAAACACUUAAAAAACUCAUUCGAUAAAGCGCUUGGAACUUGUUCUCUUUAUAUAACUGGACAUGGACCCGAUUCAAGUGUAGCAUUUGGACUUUUCAGACAAUCGGAAAAAGAGCUAGCCGACAAUUUAGAAUUUGUCUGUAAAUCAGUUUAUAAAACUUUCGGUAAAGCAAUCCAAUUAUUGAAGAUCAAAUCAACAAAAUCAUUGGCGAUACCAUUUUAUGCUGAUCUAAAUCGACCCUUCGAAGAAGUGAAACAUCUAAUUCCACGAACGGUUCGACUUAAUGCCAAUCCAGUUAUAGACGAACAUCCAUUCUACGACAAUGCUGAAUUGAUUGUUUAUCCGACGGGUAAAACUGCGUUAAAACGGCCACGCAAUUGGACUCCAGAGAGUGAUGAGGAAGAAGAUGAAGAGUUUUAUCGAAAUCGGCAUGAUGACAAAGACGAAGUUCCUGUUACCAAACGUGUCAAGAGACAAUUAAAACAAAAAAGUAAUGAAAUUGAAAUGAGUAAAGAAGAAAUUAAAUGAAAACAUCCUCAUCCUUUUUUUUGCUAUUCUAUUAAUCACAUUUUCAGGUGAACAGUAAAACAUUUGAUUUUUUCAGAUCAUUAAUUGAGCAAUUGAAUCAAAUUUUCUUGAUUAAAAUACUAUCGAAAAGUA